AUGGAGAAUGAGAGAUUCAAACGGAAAGUGUUGACUUCACUCGGAGGAAUUAUAGUUUGUAUUCUACUUGAGAUGAUUUAUUAUACUCUUCCAAUCGAAUAUCAGACACUUCAAACCUAUACUACACUUUACAAUAUCAAAUUGUCAUCAAUCAUCUGUCAAAUCGAGCUCGAAGUUCUCUCACUAAAAUUUUCCAAAUCGAAAUUGUUCAAAUAUUUCGGUUGUGAAUGGCUUAUAAUUGCGUUUGUUCUGGAAAUAGUUUUCAAAUCAAGAAACCAUUCAAUUUCUGGUAUUUUCUUAGGAAUCAUCGAUUUUUUAAAUGUAUUAGAAACGGAGAUACCGAUGGAGGAGAGAGUCAUUCCACAGAAAGUUGUUCGCAUUCCUGUCGUGGAAAAACGUGCCGAUUUCAGUGUAAAGUGUCACACCUGCCGAUUGGAUUACGGUAGUCACCACGUCGACCGUAUCCCUCAAAUCCUUCCACAAUGCGGACAUACAGUAUGCCAUGGGUGUAUUCAGAGAAUUAUAAGAUCCCAACAAUCCGUCAGUUGUCCAUUUUGCGGAGUACGGUUUUUCAGGUUUGAAAACUUCAAAAAUAAUUUCGCAGUGUUGGAAGUCAUCGAGAAGGAGCUCUCCCGGAUCCCAUAA